AUGUGCGGCAAGAGACAACGACGAACAAGGUUUCGAGAAUUCUUCUAUGAAGGUGAGAGUAGCUAUGGGAGUACAAACUUAUAUUACUUAGAAGCUCGGUCAAAUUCACAGCUUUUCAAUGCAUUCACCAAGAGCGGAAAUAAAAAAGGACAAGAGAAGCGAUCAUUUUUAAUAGGAUUAGGAUCAGAAAUGGUCAUUAUCAUCAAUUCUUCAGUUCGUAACUCACAUCAAAUUCUCUUCUCUAUUGCUGUUCUCAACCAACUAAUCCUGACAAAUGGAAAGCGGUUUUAUUGGUAUUUAGAUUCAUGUUCAAAUUAA